UCAUUGCCUAAAAUGGACAAAAAUGUGCUGGAUUCGUUUGUUUUUAUUGCCAUUUUUGGAUCUCGUAUUCGCAUGGUAACCGAACAUCCCAGCAAGUCAUCGAAUGGUGAACACUCUAGUAUUCAGAUCUUUGGAGGAUUUGAAAACAGAACAUCAGCUAAAUAUUUAACCCAACCCAAUGUUCUAUUUACGCACGUAGACCACAGAACUUCUGCAGCUGGGGAACUUACACCAUCACUUGCUUAAGUCCAACUGCACGCGAAAUGGACUUGCGAUGUCACUCAUCGAAACGAAAAACUUUGAAACAAGCAUUUCCCUCAAACUUCGGGUUUCUGUGUUGUUUAUUUUACUUGCAAGCCGGCACUUCCCGGUAGAGAAGCGAAGUUUGCCCGCGACGUGAGGGUAUCCCAUGGCCAAGGAAGGCGGAGUGGCGGCGGGCAUCGGAGCCGAUCCGAUCCGCUCCGCUUCGAUCCGAUGGCCAGCCAAAUCCGGGCAGGCGGAGUUUGAGGCAGUCAGUAGCUGGCAAAACGGUCAUCGGAGUGGUUCAAUAUGUAUUACUACACGGCGCACGUGAAGCAAACCUUUACCACACUGGAAGAAUUCCAGGAGGCCUUCAACCUGUUCGACAACCGCGGAGAUGGCAAGAUUCAGCUGAGCCAGGUGGGCGAGUGCCUGAGGGCCCUGGGCCAGAACCCCACCGAGUCGGACGUGAAGAAGUGCACCCACCAGCUGAAGCCCGAUGAGCGCAUCUCGUUCGAGGUGUUCCUACCCAUCUACCAGGCGAUCUCCAAGGCCCGCUCGGGCGACACGGCCGAUGACUUCAUCGAAGGACUGCGUCACUUCGACAAGGACGCCAGCGGGUACAUCUCCUCCGCCGAGCUGCGCCACCUGCUGACCACGCUGGGCGAGAAGCUCACCGACGAGGAGGUCGAACAGCUGCUGGCCAACAUGGAGGACCAGCAGGGCAACAUCAACUACGAGGAGUUCGUGCGCAUGGUCAUGAGCGGUUAGGAUCAGACCGAUUCUAGCUGUCCAACUGUCCAGCAACACGACAAUAGAAGCAACGCUAUAUCCAACACAAUACAACAGCAACACUAAACACACCUGCCAAGCUACAUAGAUAGAUGAGCCGUUCAUUCCGCCAGAAGUUCCAACUCCGUGAUUCCAACUUAGCCAUUCUUCCCCCGGCAUAAAAGCAUUCAAAACCAAGGACAACGACCAAGGAUAUCGAGAUAUAACAAAUACAGGAGAAAGUGCUUAACAAGCAGCUAAAAACUGAUAACUAAAACUACGAGAUUGGAGCUAUUCCCACUUCCAAAAUUAACCAACGAUGUAGACAUAGAUUCAUGAUUAACCAUAACUAAUCACCGCGUCUGUGAAUGUGCGUAUUAUUCUAAAAUUGACACUAGAAGGUUAAUCAGUAAUUUUAUCACCUAGUGCAGUCGUUCUUUUGUACCAAUCACACUCGAUACAUUUAUAUAUAUAUAUAAAUUACCAUACUAUACUUCAAUGGAAGAAAGCGAGAGUAUCACGAAAAAGUAUUUCUAAAUUAAAGCUGAUAUGCGUCGGUGGCGUGUGUCCGUAUUUAAAUGCGCA